AUGGAAAGAAAGGUUUCAUAUAAAAAAAAUGAAAAUAAUGUAAUUUAUGUUGGAAAUUUACCAAAACAACUCUCUGAAGAACAGCUAAAGACUUAUUUUAAUCAGUUUGGAGAUGUAAUCAAAAUUAGAUUGAUGAAAUCCAAAAAGACUAAUGGAUCGAGAGGAUAUGCUUUUGUCCAGUUUGAGGACCAUGAAAUCGCAAAGAUCGCAGCUGAAACUAUGGAUAAAUACAUUAUAGAUGGCAAAAGCCUUAAGGUUCAUGUCAAAGAAGGGGAUCAAAUAGUCAAACAUCUAUUUAAAAGAGGGAAAAAGAUAUCGGUAAAGAAGAAUAAAGUAAAGUUGAUAAAUAACAAAUUGGAAUUAAUGUCGAGAAAUUUUGAGACGAAACUAGAAAAUAUAUUAGAUUCUAUAAAGAAUGGAAAUAAACAUGAUUCACAUGAGGAAAUAAAGUCGUUCAUAGAUAAAUUAAGUGCUAAGGUUGAAAAAUUAAAGGAUAAACAGAAGAGAUUUGAUACAGAUUUGUAUAAUGGACAGAUUGAAGUUUAUUCUAAAGCACUCAUAACUUUAAAGAAUCAUAUAAAUUCAUAA